UAUAUGGACAAACUAGAAACUUUAGACAUAAGCAAUACAGAUAUUGAUAGUGGCUUAGAGUAUCUUCCGGAUAAUUUAAAAACAAUUAAUAUUUAUGGUAGUAAAGGAAGAUGUCAAAAAAUUGCUAACGAGUUAGGAGGAAUUUCAAAGGUUAAAAAGAACGAUAAAUUAGAGGAAGAAUUAAAAAGAUUGCGGGUUGAAAUUGAAAAUUUGAAAGGACAAAUUGAAGUUCCUCCAAAAGGAAGUGAUUAG